CUAUUCUCAAGGGAUAAAUUCAGACGUAUAGCCGAUUCCACAUACUAUGCGGCAUAUUUCUACUCGUUUUGCACCGAUAAGGACAGAUACGAGACACUAACAAAGUCUAUGAUAAAUAUAUUCAUUCUGGACGACCACGCGGAGACCACAUGGGGUGACAUUAACCGUAAGGAGGUUAAAGCUAAGGAAAUAUACGGUCAGUUGCACGAAGUAUGCGACAAAUUAUUGGACCCUGAUAAUAGAACUAUCAAAAUGCAUCGCUGGAAACCCUAUAUGUUGGGCGUCUAUGCCAUCUAUGAAGACAUGAUGUCUGCCUAUAAUGACUGCCAACGGAAACGGUGUUUAGGAUUCCUGAAGGAGUGGACGGACAGUGUGAUCGACGAGUGCGUAGAGUUGGAGGCAAACAAACGCAUUGAAAACUUGGCACAAUUCAUGGAAGUGAGGGGCGUCUCGGUUGCCGUACUAUUCUUCAUACAACUCAUGGAAUACGCGGACAACCUAUUCGUACCGCAAGCGGAAUGGGAUCACCCAAAGUUUCAACGGUUACUUGAGCUGGCUACAUAUUUAGUCACCUUGAUGAAUGAAGUCUAUUCGUUCGAAAAGGAGGUUAAGGAACGGGACUGGAAAAUAGCUGAGGCCUACAAUAUGGUUGCCUUUUAUGUGCGCUUUAAAGAGGUAUCAGUGGCCGAGGCAAUGGACAGUCUGGUUACUGACUUCCUGGCAAUGGAGGCGGAAAUCUUUGCCCUAACAAAGGAGGUGCUCACUGAGGACUGGCUCAGCCCCGACACCCGGGUCUUUGUGGGGCGUAUCCUCUAUUUCGUUGGCGGUGCGAUGAAGUCUCACUCUUUAAUGGAACGCUAUAGAAGUUUAAUGUAA